UAGCCAGAAACCAACUCCAACAGCACGCAGAUAGACUCGCUGCGUGUGUGUUGCCGUGAGAUUGUGGCCCCGUGGCGCAUGUUGUUGUUGUUGUUGUUGUUGCUGCUGCUGCUGCUGCGAACGUCUCUCUCGACUCUCCUCCCAUCCGGGGCGCUGUCCUCCAUUGGCUGCCUCCUUUCCACGCUGACAUCCAAAUCAUAUAAACCUGGGGGCCUCACACCUUCCUCAGAGGGGUCAGAUUUCUUUGGGCAAAUCAGAGCAGCAGCAGCCGCCUCUUCGGGGAGCCACCGCCGGAGAAAAAGCAAAAGUCAAAGUGGAGGCACAUCGGCAACACUCGUCCUCUGGAAUUAUAAAGUUGGUUUUAUUAUUCGUCGCCGGGCUCUUUCGCCUCAGCCGCUUGCGGGAUGACGACGACGCACAAGUCGGUGCCUGCGUGCGGCUCGACUCAUUAAUGAAUCCAAGGGAAUACGCGUCGAAGAAUUGAAUGAGUUCCGUUGGCUGCCGAACCCCGAGCAGAGCACGUUUCCCGAGCAGUGCCGGAGAGAGAGACAGAGGCCGACGAGCACAUUUAUCCCCCCGCUCGACAUGAACCUCAUCGGGGGCUACCAGCAUCACCACCACCUGAUGCACGAGCCCUUCCCGUUCGUCCAGCGGUGUCACCAGGAUGCGCCGUACUUCCAGAGCUGGGUGGUGAACCACGGCGAGGUGCCUCCGGACUUCCAGAUCCAGGCGCCGUACCCGGCCGCGGAGCACGGGGCGCCCGGAGCGACGCACGACGGCCGGCUGGAGGGGCUCCAGGCGGGGAUGGGGAAGCGGAGGACGUCGGGGCCGAAGAAGGAGCGCCGGCGGACGGAGAGCAUCAACACGGCCUUCGCCGAGCUCAGGGAGUGUAUCCCCAACGUGCCGGCGGACACGAAACUGUCUAAAAUCAAAACGUUACGCCUGGCGACCAGUUACAUCGCCUACCUGAUGGACGUCCUGGCCAAAGACACCGGGGAGACGGAGGGCUUUAAGGCCGAAAUUAAGAAAUUUGAAAACCGGGACAUGAAAAGGAAACGGGAGCCGACCGACGGCCUGCAGGAGUCUUUAGGAGCCGAGAAGAAGGCCAAGGGCCGGACCGGGUGGCCGCAGCAGGUCUGGGCUCUGGAGCUCAACCAGUGACACCCCCCCCCCCCCCCCCUCCUCUUCCUCUUCCUCUUCCUCCACCUUUAGGCGGGGGACAAAAAUCAUCGGACUCUGGAUUGAAAUCGUGAAGAAGAAGAAGAAGAAGAAGAAGAAAAAGAAAAAAAGAAGCACCAACCACUGAGUAACUGAACCCAAACACACUGCUGUGCACGUGCAAUGACGCGCGAAAAUAAAAGAGAGAGAAUUAAAGGGCAAGGAAAAAUCAAGGUGAGCAGCGGAGGACAAAGGACACGAUGGACAAUCGGUUGGUCUUCUCCUCUCCUGGAGCUUCUAAAUCAACACACACACACACACACAUAGACACACACGCGCGCGCGCGCCGGACUGUAUGAUAGUUGUGGUAUUUCUGCUUUUUUGAUGUUUCCACCCUUCCAGUGCUGUAGACCAGAUGUGGCCACGGUGUCAAGAGAAAAAAAAGAAAAAAAGAAAAGCAACAUCUGUCCCCCCUAAAAAUGUGUUUUCGUCGUGCGGUGGUGUUUUCAACGUCUGAUAGGGCUGGAUCCGAAAAUAAAUACCUUAUAACACAUGCCCCGUGGUGUAAAUGCACAGUGUGUAUCCGUUGCAGGAGUGAAAAUGGGAUUAUUUCUAUUUCCUAUUUUUUCCCGGGAUUUGUUUUUCUUCUGGGGGCUGUAAUUUAUCACAAAUCACAGUUCACGAGCUGCAGACCGCACAAUGCAAAAUUAGAUUUAAUUAUAGUGAGUUACCCAAAGAUUACAGGAGCUGAUAAACGAUUGACACCCAAAUAUAUUAUAUUACUAAUUAUAACUUCAAUAAAAACUGAUAUGGCAUAAUUUUAAAAAGUUUUGGACGUGUUGCCUGCGCGUUGUGAGUUGGUUUAGUGCCCCAUGGAAAUUAUAUCAUGUUUUUUUGCAUGAAAUGAUUUUCAUAAUUUUAUCACCUGUUUAGCGUCUUAAUAUUUGGCUGCAAAAGUAUUACAGACCAGACGUCAUAUGAGACGGAAUGAUAUGGUGUGAAUCCAAAAGAGAUAUAUAUUCAUUUUUAAAUAUUUAUGAAUUCAAUUAAAAAUCUGACAUUUUCCGUGACAUGUGUGGAAAUUAAGUGAAAUAAGAUAUAACAAACUAUAACCUAUAAAAUAAUUCCCGUCCUUAUUGGAAAGCUCAUCUCCCAUGAGACGCUUUUUUGAGGGGAAACCUUUUUUUGUCACCGUUUCUUCCCGCUGAACUUGGCGCACACAGAAUAUUUUAACUAUUAUUAAUGUAAAAGAAAAAUUAAAAAACAAGUCAAACGGAGACCUGACUGUUAAUUAUAUAGCGAUGGUUGUUGACGUUUCUUUGUAGGAAAUUAUUGAAUUUACUGAAUCUACCUCAAAAUUAACGUCAGCGUCCGUUCAGAGACCCCGGAUGUUGCGUAAACGCCAAUAUUUCACUCGACGUAAUAAACACAACAAUUUAAAGGAGUUAAAGCGUUUUUUUGUGUGCCAAAUGCUGAAGGAGUUGUACAUUGGCUGUGAUGUUAUAUUUAGUUCCGUAAAUAAAUGAAUUAUUUUACGUCACAUCAGCUGCAGUGAAGUUAUUUCCUCAUUCAUGAUGAUAUGUUUGAUCUAAAGGACAG